AUGUCCUCAUUAAAUUUAUCCAAACUUCCUUCGUUACGAAAGCAGCAGCUGCUGUCCGAAUUCUCCGGACUUAAACAAGCAUGUCCAUCCGGCGUCUUUGUUAGCCUAACUCCAGGUGACCCGAGUCUUUGGUCUGCCGUAUUAUUUAUGAGAGAAGGACCUUACUCGCCAGCCGUCUUGCGAUUCCAGAUACUCUUUCCGUCGUCCUACCCGCAUCUACCACCCCUUAUUACAUUCGCAACCGAUAUAUUUCAUCCACUGAUUACACCAUUAACUACAUACAUGUAUACGACAGACAUCCAUGAUAAUGGCACCGUGAGCGCUACUGACGCCGAACGUCUGCCUCCUGGCGGCUUCAGCCUAAGACAUGGCUUCCCCGAAUGGUUCGGCAGAGGCCGAAGAGCAACUCUAGAAAGAGCCAUGAGCCCCACGAACGAUCCCUCUGUACACCAAACCCCUACACCCAUGUCGCCCGAUGUCAACACUUUUCGUCUAUCAAUGCAACCUACGACGCCGCGGCAAACACCAUCCAUUUACACGAUCCUAAAGUACAUCAAAAGCACAUUUAGCGACGCAGAGGUUCUUGACUCGGUUCCGCUAGAUGCUGCUGGAAAUCCUGGUGCUUGGCAUGCCUGGCGCACACACCGAAGAAAAUUGGGCAAGCUGCCUGGAGAAAAACCGACCCCCGCUGAACCGCCAUCAACACCACCCGCUGCUGCUGUUGAGCAAGUGACAGCAUCGCCGUCCAAGCUGAAGACUAACCAGCAUGCUGUUCGAAAGCCUGGAGAAUGGAACUGGGAUGGGGUUUGGGAAGACCGUGUAAAAAAAGGAAUCUCCGCCAGUUUGUCUGAACCGGUUCUCUACGGAGGCGCGACAGCAACUGAUGAGCUUAUUCGAUUCUUGGCGUUAGAUGAGUCCGAAAUCGAAUCGAUAAAGGAUAACUUACAACGAACAUUGGGGGCAUCGACAUGA